UCCCUUGAUUGAAAGAUUACUCAUCUUCUUGCUCCUUCUGAAGUGGACUUCUUUCUUCAUGCAUAGGCCAAGCCGGUGCAGAAUGAACAUAGCAGCUAUAUUCAAUGCUCUGCUUGUGUCCAUUCUGGCAGCUGUACUGUGGAAGUACGUUACACUGUGGGAACACGCUGCCUUCAUAGAGGAAGAGCUGCUCCUGUCCCAGCAAAGUCAGGAACUCUCCCAAGUCAAGAUUGACUAUCAUGCAGCACUCCAAGCUCUUGUGGAAGAUGGCACGAAGAUGGUCUGCACGGGAAGAAUACACACUGAACGCAUCUGCAGAUUUGAGUCUCUCUGCUUCUCCACUGAAGCUGAAGAGUUUGUGUUCUUCCACAGCAACGCUUCGUUUUUGCUACCAAAUUUGGGAUCCCGGCGGUUUCAGCCUGCGCUGUUAGAUAUGUCUUCUGUAGAAGACCACAACACACAAUACUUCAAUUUUGUAGAACUUCCUGUUGGUGCUCUUAAAUUCAUGCAAAAACCCGUCUUUGUGCCAGACGUUUCAUUGAUUAUGAAUCGCUUCAACCCUGACAACCUCAUGCACAUUUUCCAUGAUGAUCUGCUCCCAAUUUAUUAUACAAUGCAGCAGUUCCCAGACCUGGACCUCAAUUCACGAUUAGUCUUCAUGGAGGGGUGGAGUGAAGGCUCGCACUUUGAGCUUUACAAAGUAUUUAGCAGCAAGCAGCCUCUUUUGAGGGAGCAGCUCAAAAACCUUGGGAAGUUGCUUUGCUUUACAAAGUCUUAUGUUGGAUUGUCAAAAAUGACAACUUGGUACCAAUACGGAUUUAUCCAGCCUCAGGGUCCAAAGGCAAAUAUAUUGGUAUCUGGUAAUGAAAUUAGGCAGUUCACGCAAUUCCUAAUGCAAAAGCUAGAUGCUUCUGUAGACUCGAACAGUGAGGAUUAUAUUGUUGUGUUCAGUCGCACAAUCAACAGGCUGAUACUAAAUGAAGCUGAACUGAUCUUGGGUCUUGCCCAAGAAUUUCAGAUGAAGACUAUUACCAUAACUCUAGAUGACUAUUCCUUUUCAGAUCUCACCCGACUUAUAUCUGGGGCAUCCAUGCUGGUCAGCAUGCACGGGUCCCAACUGGUGAUGUCAAUCUUCCUGCCGCGGGGGGCUUUGGUUGUUGAACUCUUUCCUUACGCUGUUAACCCAGAGCAUUACACCCCUUAUAAAACCCUGGCCAAUCUUCCAGGCAUGGACCUCCAGUAUGUUGCUUGGAAGAAUACAAAGCUAGAGAACACUGUUGCCUUUCCCGAUAGGUCAUGGGAGCAAGGGGGAAUAAAACACCUGGAUAAAACUGAGCAGGAGCGGAUAAGAAAGAGCACAGAAGUUCCCCGCCAUCUAUGUUGCCGAAAUCCCGAGUGGCUGUUUCGUAUUUAUCAGGACACACACGUGGACAUCCCAUCACUUAUAAGUGCUAUCCGGGCAGUAAGGUCCAAGCCUCUUGUCAGAAAGGUUAAGUCAAGUAGUGUAAUUUAUCCUGGAAAGGUGAGAGGUUCAGAAUGCCAGGCCACUGUCCAUAACACACACAAGGCAAAGUUGUCUGUUUCAUGGCAGGUGCCUUGGAAUCUUAAGUACUUAAAAGUAAGGGAGGUGAAGUAUGAGGUGUGGAUACAAGAACAAGGUGAGAACACUUACAUGCCGUACAUCUUACCUCACCAGAACUACACAUUCAUAGAAAACGUUAAACCCUUCACAACAUACCUGAUUUGGAUAAGAUGCAUCUUCAAUAAAAACCUCCUUGGACCAUUUGCAAAUGUGUUGGUAUGCAACACAUAAUGGCAAGAUUUCAAGAUGGGCAAGAAAGAAAUAUAAUUUCUUACUUUCUUCAAUAGAUUGUGUGGCUUUGACAAUGUGUAAUGUAAUAUUCUGUUAGCCCUAGAAAUGAAAAAUCGUGUAUUGCAUAAUGGAACAGAUCAGUCAAGUGACAUUUUUAAAUUCAUAAAUAAUGGCUUGUUUGGGGGGCUUCUUACACAGGUAGAUGAGCCUGUGGUCUCUGGUGCUGCUCUACCUCUAGAGACCCAGGUUCAAAGCCAAUCGUAGGUGGGAUAAAGUUCACCGUUCAGUGUUGGAUGUGAAAGAUCACAAGAGACAUUGGUAAUGACCAUUUUGGCCAGACUCCUAACACGUUAGCUGGAUGUAAGCCUACAGCAUCUUAAAUUAAGGAGUCGCUGAGUUGAUGAGAAUGGUGAGAAUACCAUUGACUGCAGAAGGGGAAGGUGCUUGUCAGGUAUAAAUGUUGAGAGUACGAAAAUAAUGGAAGGGAUUUGCAGUUUGCAAUCUCGGUUACCUGGUUCAUGAAUAAUGCAUUUUGAACAGUGUCAGAGGUGAAUUAGAAGGAAAAAAGAGUCAUCUGUUUCAACUCCCCGUCUCUCCCCCCAAAAAAAGUAACUAGCUGUGUUGUUGAGAGUUACAUAAGUGCCUCUCGUAUGAUCCAAAGGCAUACUAUUUAACAGUAACAACCACAUUAACGGUUAAUAUUCAAAUUUCAGUAAAGUAAAUGUGCUAGAGAUCUUUCCUUGCUAAUGUUGCAUAUAUAUUUAAAGAUGUUGUUGAAGUGUUAACAGUUGUGACUCAUUGUUUUUUUUGCUGAUCUAGCCACAGCAGAGAUAAUUUUAAUGUACAAGAUUAAUUGUACCGUAACCAUUGCCAGUAGCCAGAAGGUGUGUGCCCUCGGAAGUAGCAACAUUUGCCUUAAAAAUAAUGCUUGGAAAUAAUUAAAAGGACAAUACUGUCUGUACCUACUGAAAUGCAACCAUUUUAAUGUAGACAUUUUAUUAGUAAUGGAAGAGAAAAUAUCCUACAUAUCCUGUCGUGCCAGGUCGGGAAGAGGGGAAUCCAUUUUUGCUGCCUUUUGUUCUCCAGUGGGUGUCUGAGGUUGUAGAUGGUGAUCAGUAAAAGCAGCAUUUGAUGAAAUGCAAAACUUUCCCGAGAUUCUACACAGUCUACUUUUUUUAAAAAAAAACUUAUUUAUUUGUAUGUAUUAUUUAUACAAGAAAGGAUUGCUCAACUACAACAAUAGUCACUACACUUCACAAUAAAUCCUGUGAAGCGCUUUUAGACAUCCUCCCAAAGUGAAAGGCACUAUCAAGUUCAAUGAUUUUUUUACACCACCAAAAGGGAGUCUGAUUUUAAAUGUAGACAUUUUCAGCACAGAAAGGAGGCCAUUUGGCCCAUUGUAUCUGUGCAGACAAUUCCACUUAUGACGUGACAGAAUACAGAAGUCAUUAUUGUCUGUCUUGUCUUCCUCUGGUUUCCUGCUUGUUUGUUAAAUUUUCUUUUCUCACCUCCCAGUUAUCGUACUGUACUAUUACCGUAAGACCUUUGAUGGAUUGUGAAGUUACCUCUUUGCUUUUAAUUUAAAUGUCCAUGGCACAUAUUCUAAUGGGGAAGGAACACCCAAUGGGUCAUGCCUUGAAAUGAAUGUCAACUGGAUGUGACAGAUGUGUCAGAUCAACGAAAUCUCAAACAGUCACCCUUGAUCAAAUGUUUCGCUAGUUUGAGGACAUAUGGAUUAGAUGAAAUAAUUCUGCAUUCCUUUGUAGGUGUUUAUAGUGCGACAUUGUAAUAAGAUUAGAGUAAACAAUGCAGGUUACAAAUUAUCAGUACGGUACUUCAUUUGUAAAAGGCAAAAGUGAUCUAAUGUGAACUAUUUUGUGUAAGGUAUUGACAAUUGCUUGAUAAAUGUAUUUAUUGUGUCUGAUUGCUAUGUUAUUAGCAAUGAUAGUGUUGGUAAUCAACGGGAAAGAACAAAUGUUUAUCAAUAAAUGGAUGAUAGUUUAAAAAAAA